AGUGAAGAGAGCGAGUGGAGGGGGGGUUCACAAGGACAAGAUUCCCACGUCAGGUCGGGAUGCGCGCGUGGAGCGUGGAAGCUCUCUAACAGGUCCCGCGCGCACUUUCCCCCUUCGCCUGCGUGCACGCGGUAGGAAUUUCCUCCGAAAAGCCGGUGUUGGCCCUCCAUCUUCUUCCUGCCCCGCGACGAGAGCUAACGAGCUAGCGAUCGGUGUCCAUCAACAGGAUUCGGCGGCGAGUGGGAGAGGAGCUGACGUCGACCCCAGCUUAAUCAGGGUGGCGUUCCCCCCAGCGCUGCCAGCCGCAGGCGGCUCGAUCCAACACCGACAUCGACGUUCACUCCAGUAUGCUGUUGGUGUGCUAAGGAUGGAGGACUCCAGUUUGUGCCUCGGCAUGUCAUCGGCGGCGGCGCCCGACGCCGAAGCCCACCUGAGCAGCGCGGUGCUCAACGGCCGCUACCCAAUCAGCCAGAAGCUCCACCAGCUCACCGCCCAGCUGGGACACGCCUUCCCCGAGCUGCAGCGCCCGCAGCAGAUCCCCGAAGAGAAAGCGGCGGCGCCCCUGGACGAGAAGAGCCACCACGCCGCCCUGGCCAGCCAGCCCAUCAGCAGCCAGAUGGCGCUGUUGGCCAACCAGCUCAACCGCGACAUGGACGCCGGCGCGCUGAGCGGCUUGAACGGCCGCGUCGACCUCCAGCAGUUCCUCAACGGCCAGAACCUGGGCAUCAUGUCCCAGAUGAACGACAUCGAAGACGACGCCCGCAAGAACAGGAAGUACCCGUGCCCGCUGUGCGGCAAGCGCUUCCGCUUCAACAGUAUCCUGUCGCUGCACAUGCGCACCCACACGGGCGAGAAGCCCUUCAAAUGUCCCUACUGCGACCACCGGGCGGCUCAGAAGGGCAACCUGAAGAUCCACCUUCGCACCCACAAACUGGGCAACCUGGGCAAAGGCCGCGGCCGCGUCCGCGAGGAGAACCGGCUGCUCCACGAGCUGGAAGAGCGAGCCAUCCUGCGGGACAAGCAGAUGCGAGGAGGAGGCGGCGGCGGCGGCGGCGCCCUACUGCAAGCGGCGGCAGCGCGCGAGCCCCACGUCGGCCUCAACAGCGGCGCCAACGCCCUGCAGCAGCAGCUGGGCUCGGCCUGCGGCCUGCCGCCCCCGCCGGGCCUGGCCGCUCCGGAGGCGGCCUCGCAGCCGUCUUCCUCGCCCAAGCCGACCGGGGCCCAGGAGGAGCAGGCCCUCAACCCGGCGGCGGGCUUCCGUUGCACCUUCUGCAAAGGCAAGUUCAAGAAGCGCGAGGAGCUGGAGCGCCACAUCCGCAUCCUGCACAAGCCGUACAAGUGUACGCUGUGCGAGUUUGCCGCCGCCCACGAGGAGGAGCUGAUCAGCCACGUGGAGAAAGCCCACAUCACCGCGGAGAACACGCAGGGGCAGGGGCCCGGCGCAGCGGGCGGCACGCAGAUGGCCACCGAGUUCCGCUGCGACGUGUGCGGCCAGGUCUUCAGCCAGGCCUGGUUCCUCAAGGGCCACAUGCGCAAGCACAAGGACUCCUUUGAGCACUGCUGCCAAAUAUGCGGCCGCCGCUUCAAGGAACCCUGGUUCCUGAAGAACCACAUGAAGGUCCACCUCAACAAGCUGGCCAUCAAGAGCAAGCCGCCGCUGCCGCAGCCCAGCGAGCAGGACGUGGCGUCCGUCAACAGCAUGAGCAGCCUGGCGCAGGAGGCCCACGCCAACCUCUACUCCCGUUACAUCUCUUGCCUUCAGGGAGGCUUUCUGGCCCCGGACAAGCAGGCUCUGAGCGAGCAGCACCAAAUGUUGGCCAAGGCCAUGAAGGAGAAGGAAAUGCUCGUCGGCAAGCUCCUGGGCCCCAUGGCGGCGGCGGCGGCAGGAAUGGGCCACGGCCUGGGCGACAACGACAAGCGCUCCCUCCUGGGUUGCCUCAACCUGGUCCCGCCUCUCAAGUCCAGCUGCAUGGAGCGGCUGCAGGCCGCCGCCAAGGUGGCCGAGAUGGAUUCCCUCAACAGCUACCAAGCCUGGCAGAUCAUGGCUCGCGGCAUCGCUAUGGACCGCGUGUGGCCCAAGGAGCAGCACCAGCAGCAGCAGCACCAGCAGCAGCAACACCAGCAGCAGCACCGCGCCAGCCCCGGGCAAGAUGACGAUGUGGCCGGGGCCGGCGCCGCCUCCGCCGCCGCUGCUCUGUCCUUCGCCCAGGACAAACAAGACUUUACUCUCAUGGCCUCCACGGACGGAUCCAAGAAGCAGCUCUGCGAGGCCCUGCAGGGCUCCAAGGCUGCCGAGGCCAGGGGCUUUGACCUGAUGUCGCACCACGUCACUGGCGCCGAGACUCCCGGCAGUCUGUCCGCCUUGGGAAACCCCAACGCGGACUACGGUCUCUCAAACCUGAAGGACAAGCCUUCGGAGUGCCCCGACUGCGGCCGGGUUUUCAGAACCUACCACCAGAUGAUCGUCCACUCCCGCGUGCACGGCAAGGAGCGUCGAGGCGCCGAGGAAGCUCUCCAGCAGCAAGGCGUGGACGAACGGCGCGGCUCGGCCAGCGACCCCGAGUCCCAGUCCAUCAGUCGCUCCACCACCCCCGGCUCCUCCAACGUGACCGAGGAGAGCGGAGUCGGAGGCGGACACUCGCAGACGGGAAGCGUCCAGGAUGACAGCCCGCAUCCCUCGUCACCUUCCUCGGAUGCCGGGGAAGAGGCGGCUUCGUCAGCUGCCAAGGCGGCCGUCAGCGCUCCGCCGUCGCUGUCGCAGCAUCGCGAGCGUUCGCUGGGCUCCGCCUCCAAAGACUGCCCCUACUGUGGAAAGUCCUUCCGCACCUCGCAUCACCUCAAAGUCCACCUGCGCAUACACACAGGAGAGAAGCCCUACCGCUGCCCUCAUUGCGACUACGCCGGCACCCAGUCGGCCAGCCUCAAGUACCACCUGGAGCGCCACCACCGCGAGCGCCACAACGGCUCGGCCGCCGGACACGCCCCCUCGUCGGAGCACAAGGACGACCACGCCAAGGUCUUUGCCCGUCCCGACGUUCUGCGCAAUGUCUUUAAAGGCCUCCCCCCGAACUUGGACUUCAGGGCAGGGCCCUUGCUGCCGCAUCAGUGGGCCGGCGUCACGGCGCCCAGCGAACGCGGGGACCGCCAUUUCGACGCCCUGGCCGACAACACCAAGGCCAACGACGGCCCGGCGGCGGCGCCGGCGGACGGUCCCGCCAGCUUCUCCGAUCUGAGCCGGGCCUACCAAAGCAUGAUGGGAAACGGAGUUCACUUCCAAGGCUCCCUGCAGGCCUUCAUGGACAACUUUGUCCUCAGCUCCUUGAAGAAAGAUCUCAAAGAUAACCAGAGUCCAGUCCAGAUCCAAACCACCCAGUCCUACCAUGAUAACGGCGAACCCAGAGCCAAGCGCGCCGCCCUGGCCGACCAGGACCGAGACGACGCGCUCGAGGCCAAGCGGAAUCCGGCGCCCGGAAAACCCGGCUCGAACCAGUUUGAGCCACUGGAUCUGUCGGUGUCGGUCCGGAGUCCGGAGUCCGGAGCCGCUUCUCUCCCCGGCUCCUCGGUCACCAUCCACGACAACGUGGCGUGGCACGGCUGCCUCUUCUGCUCCUUCUCCACUGCAUCGCUGGAGCUCAUGGCCCUUCACCUGCAGGCCAACCAUCUGGGUCAGGCCCAAGCGCAGAGGGCCGCCGAUACGUGUAAGGAAGCUUCUCCCGCCGCCCAUCGCUCGGCCGACAUCAAGACUUUGCUCUCAGACAGAGACGGGGACGGCGAGAGGAACCAGAUGGGCUGGAACAACCACGUGGAGCAGCCCUACAACCCCUUCCAGAGCGACUUCUACAGGCGCUUCGGCGGCUUGUACGACAGCUCUCCCCGGGGGCCGGCUCCGGGUCUCCGAGGCUACGCGGCCGCCCCCGAGCGGGACCCCGAACUGGCCUUGGGAGGAGCGUCUUCGGCUCGGGGUGACCGAGUCGGCUCGUGCGGGGACCCCGACGAGGAGCCGGUCCAAUCGGACGACGAGGUUCUCCCAUCCGGGCGACGCCAUUCCGACGAGGAGCAGGGGGAGAGGGAGGAAGCCGAAGAGGACGAGGAGCCGGAUGACCGUGCGGGCCGAGAGGAAGACGGCAGCCCGCCUCCGGGGCGCCUGGAGAACCACCAUAAGCAACCGCAAGACGGUUCGGUGGCCUCGGCCGUGACGCCGCCGCCGCUUUUCCAGCCCAAGCAGAAGCAGCUGGCGUCCCUGGAGAAGGCGUGGCAGCAGGGCGCCAACCUCCCGCCCGAAGCCCCGCCGGGGCAGCAGAUGAGCAUGGUGUCCGUGCUUCGAGCCUACGGAGGCGACAACUUGCCGGCGGCCUUCGGCGUGAAGAGGCCCGACGCGUCCCUGCCCGCGUGGCUGUCGGAGGAGGAGCAGCAGCCGGUGACCCUUGGCCCCUCUCUGACCCUGGACCAGGACCACCUCAACAGCGACCUUGAUGAUCUUGGCGACCUCGGCUGCAGCCAGCAAGACUAACCGCCAACGUGAUGAAGAAGAAGAAAAACGUUUGUUUUGAAACUACCUGUGUGACGGACGACGAGCACACACGACCGUCAACUUUUUCAUUCCUUCUUUCCUGUAUUCCGCCAGCCACCCAGACUUGCUACACAUAUAACUAUAUCGUACCCGGAAUGUAUCCUUCUGUAGACUAGCCACGCUAGCGCGCAGGCUAACUGUUAGCGAUGGCCGUCCAGGCCGUCAGUAAAUAGGCGGGGGAAAAAGCAACAAAACGACAAGAAGGACAAAAAACAACAAACAAUGUGCGUAUUGAGGGUUCUUUCCAUUUUCAACUAAGAAUCACAAAGUGACUGAUUGGUUUGUUUGUUUGUUUGUUUGUUUGUUUGUUUGUUUGUUUGUUUGUUUGUUUGUUUGAAAUCUAACUGCAAAAAUUGCUUGAUUGGCCAGAUUUCAAGUCAACGUUUUGCCUCAGCUUUACUUGUGGUUGAACAACGCUAGUUGAGGAAGUUCAUGUCGUGCUUUUUUUUUUCUCUUCUUCCCAGCAGCCUAAAGUUGCAAUGUGGGAAGUCUGGCCUUUUAUGUUAUAUGACAGAAAACUAAGAACAAAGCAAUCAGUCCUAUUAGAGAUCUUUUUUUUCUUUUUAUAUAUAUAUCUUUUUCUUUUUUUGGAAAGAAGCAAUGAUGCACUGCUGACUUUAACAAUGUGUUUGAUGAUUGUGAACAAGGAGCACUUGAACUGCCCCAAGAUGUACUUUGACCCCCAAAGCCCCUCAUAGCGGCAUACCUCCAUCACCCCGCCCCACCCGCCCCUUUUAUGGGGGGAGGGGUCUUUCUCCGUGUACAUUAAGAGAUUUACGAAGACGUUCCCAAGGAGCGUCGUUAAAAAAAAAAAAAGA